UAUCACGAAAAAGUUUCUUUUCACGCUAUUAUACGUAAUCCAAUAUACUCUGCGUUUGGAAUUAGGAUAUAACAUUUGCAUAAUGGGUAGGACUUCAAGAAAACGUCAUCAAAGGAAGAAGCUAAAUAUUAAAGAAAUAACAGGGAACAAAGAAGACAGUCUGAUGCAUCUUAAAUCUUGGUUAUUAACAAAGAACUGUUCAUCAGUUUAUAAUUUAGUUCCAUUUAACUUUCUUAUUACUGGUCGUGGAUUAAAAACAUUAAAAGAUAUUAAACCUAACGAUAUAUUGAUUGAACUACCUUAUGAAAUAUUAAUAACAACUUCUAUAUUAUCUCAAAGCAAUUGUUGCAGUGGAAAUGUCAUUGAUCGUAUACAGAAAAAAAAGACUAUGGUUCAAUCAAAAUCUAUUGUAACUUCAGUUAAAUUUCCAUCAAUAAUUUCUGGAUUUAUUGGAGGGAAGUCAGGACAACAAAAAAGAGAUUGUUUUCAUCCUGGUGUAUCUAGUUUAAGCCGUGAAAGUAUUGACUUCCAAGAAGGAGAAUCAGUUAAAGCUACAAAUAUGAUUAAAGCAAUGCUUAGAUAUAUUUGGCCAAAAGAUGAUCCAGAAAUCCGAAAAAGAGUUAAAAUGGCUGUUGGUUUACUUAUUGGUGCAAAAGUUUUAAGUGUUGGUGUUCCUUUUAUUUUUAAAUAUGCAAUAGAUACACUUAAUACUCAACAUAUAGCAACUACUGGUAAUGCCAUGCUAAGUAUGGGAUCUGCACCAGAAACAGUUGCAACUGUAGCAACAUCAUUACUUAUUGGAUAUGGAAUUGCACGUGCUGGUGCAGCUGGAUUUAGUGAAUUGCGAAAUGCAGUAUUUGCAAAAGUUGCUCAACAUUCUAUUCGUAAAAUAGCCAAAAAUGUAUUUUUACAUUUACAUAAUCUAGAUAUGACUUUUCACCUAGGUAGACAAACUGGAGCACUAUCCAAAACAAUAGAUAGAGGAAGCCGUGGUAUAAAUUUUAUAUUAAAUGCUAUGGUAUUUAAUGUUAUACCCACUGUCUUCGAAUUAUCAUUAGUCAGUACAGUAUUAUAUUUAAAAUGUGGAGGAGAAUAUGCAAGUAUUGCUCUUAGCUGCGUCGGAUUUUAUACUUUAUUCACAUUAGCUAUUACUCAGUGGCGAACAAAAUUUAGAAUCUUUAUGAAUCAAGCAGAAAAUGAAGCAAGCAAUAAAGCAAUAGAUUCACUUAUCAAUUAUGAAACAGUAAAGUAUUUUAAUAAUGAAAAAUUUGAAGCUGAAAGAUAUGAUGAAUCAUUAAAAAAAUAUGAAAUUGCAUCACUUAAAACCAGUACAAGUUUAGCAAUGCUAAAUUUUGGACAAAACGCUAUAUUUAGUGGUGCUCUAAGUUUGAUAAUGGUACUAGCAUCUAAUAGUAUUAUAGAGGGAACCAUGACAGUAGGAGAUUUAGUAAUGGUCAAUGGACUUUUAUUCCAAUUGUCAGUUCCUUUAGGAUUUUUGGGCUCUGUAUAUCGUGAAGUUAGACAAGCUCUUAUAGAUAUGCAAACUAUGUUUACUUUAAUGACAAUGGAUACUGCAAUUAAGUCUAAGGAAAAUGCAAUGCAGUUUAAUAUAAAUUCAAAGAAUUCAGAUAUUGAAUUCAAAAAUAUUAGCUUUCAAUAUGUUGAAGGGAAGCCUAUUUUUAAAAAUAUUAAUUUUACCAUUCCAAGUGGUAAAAAGAUUGCUAUUGUUGGAGGAUCUGGUUGUGGUAAAACUACAUUAGUGAGAUUAUUGUAUCGAUUUUUUGAACCACAAUCUGGAGGUGUUUAUAUAAAUGGACAUAAUAUUCAAGAUAUUGAUUUAGAUACUUUAAGAAAAUCUAUAGCUAUUGUCCCUCAGGAUACUGUCCUUUUUCAUGAAAGUAUCUUUUAUAAUUUGCAUUAUGGUAAUUUAUCAAAAUCUAAGGAGGAUGUUUUUGAAGCUGCCAAAAUGGCAAAUUUGCACAAUUCUAUACUUAAAUGGCCAAAAGGAUACGAUACACCUGUUGGAGAACGUGGUUUAAAAUUAAGUGGUGGUGAAAAGCAGCGAGUAGCAAUUGCUAGAGCGAUUUUAAAAAACAGUCCAAUAUUAAUUUUUGAUGAAGCCACAUCAUCUUUAGAUUCUAUUACAGAACAUAAUAUUCUUGAAGCAUUACGCAGAGCAACCGCUGGUCGGACUUCUAUUGUUAUAGCCCAUCGAUUAUCUACCGUUAUGGAUUCAGAUGAAAUUUUAGUAUUAGAUAAUGGUAAUUUAAUUGACAGAGGAACUCAUGAUUCUUUAUUAGCUAUGCCAAAUUCUUUAUACAGCAAAUUAUGGGAAACACAACAUAUAGGAAUACUUAAACAUCCUCAAGAAAAAGAUAACUGUAGAACUCCAGGAGUUUGAGACAAAUUGUAAAAUACACAGGUAAUGUUUCACAUUUGGCACAA